UCUUUUAAUAAAGUACUAUAUAUGAUUAUAUUCGCUUUAAAUAAGAAUUGUAGUUUAUAACAACACAAUACUAUUUUUCGGGGCUCGAAAUAAUCAAGAGAGAGUUCUUAUAUCCUUUAUGAUGAUUUUACAUUUUCUUGCAUAAUGUCUGAUAGCAGAAACACAAUCUGCUACCAUUCUGCAUAAUUAAAUUGGAGUAAAUCAAUUGAAAUUUUAAGUUAAAUGUUGACUACAUAUGUACACAAAAAACAGAUUUAUGGAUUGCGUCGGAUAUUUUGUUGUACUAUCUAUAGCAACUAAUUUUUGCCAUGGUGUGGUAGUAUUCAACAUCAACGCACAAAAAACACGUUCUUUAAAAACUACAGAUGUUGCCAACUUAGCUGCUGUAGUACCGAAACUAUCAUUUCCAAUCCUUGGAAAACAUAUCAACAAAUUUUAUGUUGGCUCCUCUGGUUUCAUUUCUUUUAAUGGACCUUUUUCAAGUCAAGCACUAAAUGCAAGUGAGAUUCGUCCUUCAUAUGUUGCACCAUUCUGGGCUGACGUAAAUGAACAAUGUGUUGGCGAUAUAAAAUUGAGAGAAUCUCUACUUUUAAAAGAAUUACAAACUGCUAGAAAUAUCAUAGUUGGACGACGAGCAAUCUUAAAAUUCAAGGCUAAAUACAUGUUGUUAGUCGAAUGGAGCAACAUGCUUCCUGACGAUUGUUAUUUUCCGCGUAAUCAGUUUCAAGCUGCAUUAGUCACGGAUGGCUGUGCUUCUUACGUUAUAUUUAGUUCAAACUCAAUAUUGUUAGGAACAGAAGAAAGCAAAAUUGGUUUAAAUGAGUUCACAGAAGAAAAUCAUGUGAUGUCACUUGGUGGAGAAAAUAUUUGCACUGGACGUGAUAAUGGUGAUGUAAUACUAAACCCUUUGGAUUCCACGAAUCGUACAUACUACCGUUGUGGUCAAUGCAGUGCUGGACCCUUACUAACAUGCUCUUUUGGGCACAAGUUUGAUAUGCAGUGUAACAACUGUGUUUUCAAUGCUUUUCCCAAUUGUAGCGUUCUUGCGAAUCGUUGCAAUGGACGACCCAAUGGUUUUUUGCUGGGUCCAGAGAGUGAGGACAAUACCUGUACUAUGUAUUCUGAGUGUCAAACACAAGUUGAAUUGCUACGAACAUGCCCAAAAAACAAUUACUUCAAUGGUACUGCAUGUGUUAAAACCUUUGACGAGCUUAAAUGCCAACAUCCUGAUUGUCUAACUGGUGGAAGACAAGGUAAAGCGGGUGAUUAUCCAAUAACAGCAGGAAGUCAAUGUAGUACAAGUUACUACAGUUGUAGCUCAAGUUUGUAUCGAACAACACGUUCUUGUAAAAUAUCAGCUACAGGCGAAUAUUUUGGUUUGCGAAACGGAGUUUGGCAAUGCGUUUCUGGUGACUCACCACUAUCUUGUGGAUAUCCAGACUCCGUAUGUAUUGGUAAACCGGCUACUUUAAACGGUCCUCCUUUUCAACGCGAUCCAGAGGACUUGUAUUGCAGAGGUUACAUCAUCUGCACUGAGGCAGGAGCUUUAACAGCUAUUUGUGAUGAAGAAAAUCCCUUCUACAACGUCACUGCAAGAAAGUGUCAGUUCAACUUCCCGUUUAGCCAAGGUUGCCGAAGAGAUGGUGGUAUUUCUGCUUGGUCCUCCUGGUCAUACGCUAACGGAAGCUCGUGUUCUGUCAAUUGUGGCCGUAGUGGUUUGCAACUGCAGCAAAGAAUACGCUCAUGUACCAAUCCUACACCUGUAGGUGGUGGAAAUACUUGUCCUGGAAUACCUAUCACUCAAUUUAAGAACGCAACCUGCCAAAUCACUCCUCCAAGUUGUGCAGUUCAGGGUUGCGUUAGCCGACACAAUGGUUAUUUGCUGAGUUUAGACGGUCAUCACGAUUGUACUAAAUAUUAUGAAUGUCAAGCUCAAGUUGGAUUGUUAAGAACUUGCGCACCAAACACUUACUUCAACGGUACUUCUUGUUCCGGAGAAUUCGAUGCUGCAAAAUGCCAACAUCCCGACUGUCUAUCAGGUGGGAGACAAGGUAGAGCAGGUAUUUAUCCAAUUACAGCAGGUAAUGAAUGCAGUGUAAGUUACUACAGCUGUAAUUCAAGUUUGUAUCGAACAACACGCUCCUGUCAAAUAUCAGCUAUAGGCGAAUACUUUGGAUUAGACAAUGGUAUUUGGAAAUGCGUUUCAGGCGAUGCUCCUCAAUCGUGUGGAUAUCCAGAUCACGUGUGUAUUGGAAAAGCUAUCACGGUAAAUGGUUUUCCGCUCCAAGACGAUCCACGUGAAUCCUUUUGUAGAGGUUAUAUUAUCUGUGCGGAAUCAGGCGCUUUAAGAUCCACUUGCGAUAGUGUAAGUCCAUUCUAUAAUGUUACUUCAAGGAGUUGUCAAUCCACGUUUCCAGCCAAUCAAAGCUGCCGAAUAGAAAAUGCAUGCACAGGAAAAGCUGAUGGAUUUUAUGCAGUGUCUAUUGGUAUUCAUGAUUGUCGUAAGUACUUAAACUGUUCAGAUGGGUACCUAAGCACAUUGACAUGUCCAGUUGACAGCAACGGUCGGCCAUCAUACUUUAAUGACGUGAUCAAGACGUGUGAAGACACAGCCGGUUCUAGUUGUAAUCCAGUAUUUGGAUUUUGGAGCAGUUGGAAUAAUGAUGGAAGUAACUGUGGUAUUAGUAAUGGUCAGUGUCAAAGAAGACAAAUUCGAGAUUGUACAAAUCCACCUCCACGAAAUGAUUCAAGUGCAUGUCCUGGGAACAAGUUACAAGUCGUCUUAUGUAACGCUACUGCUUGCACGACUCCUUGCGCAAGUAUCCCAAAUCUUUGUACUGACAGUAAUUCAGUAUGUGUUGACGAUCCCUCAGCAGAUAUAGGGUACUUCUGUUCCUGUAGGACUGGAUUUACAGCGUUGGGAAGUGGAAAUAGUGUUUCUUGUGUCAACAUCAAUGAAUGUACCACCGGCACAACGCCCUGUUUUUCAAAUGCUGAUUGCAUCGACACUCAGGGAAGUUUUUUAUGCAAAUGUAAAAUUUUCUACAAUGGUGAUGGCAGAAACUGCACAGCAAUUGAUGAAUGUCAACGCAAUCUGGAGAGUUGUGACGGAAACAAAAUCUGUGGCAAUGGAACAGAAUGUCUAUGUGUUACGGGAAAUAAUGUAAAUAGACAAGAUUGUGUCGACGAUGUUGACGAAUGUACUGCAGGAACAGCCGGUUGCGACGUCAAUGCAGAUUGCACCAAUACAGUUAGUGGCUUUGCUUGUGGAUGCCGCAAUGGGUAUACCGGAAAUGGAAAGAUUUGUACUGUAGCUACACCAUGUGCAAGCAGUAACUGCAGUCCAAAUGCACGUUGUGAUAACUCACCAGGUGGAACAUUCAGCUGCACAUGCAAUUUGGGAUAUUCUGGUGAUGGUAUUACUUGUACUAACGUCAACGAAUGUACCACUGGGACAAACAAUUGUUCACCAAAUGCUGAUUGUUUCGACACAAUAGGCAGUUUCACUUGUACAUGCAAACCAUUUUAUACUGGUGACGGAAGAACUUGUACAGCAGCUGUACCAUGUGCAAACAGUAACUGCAAUCCAAAUGCACGUUGUGAUAACUUACCUGGUGGAACAUUUAGUUGUGUAUGUAACACUGGAUAUUCUGGUGAUGGAAUAACUUGUACUAACGUCAACGAAUGCAACACUGAAAGAAACGAUUGUUCACCAAAUGCUGAUUGCUUUGACACAAAUGGAAGUUUCUCUUGUACAUGUAAGCCAUUCUAUACUGGUGAUGGACGAACUUGUGCAGAUCUAAAUGAAUGCACUGCAAAUCUUGACAACUGUGACUCUGUUAAUGGAAUCUGUAAAAACUUAAUUGGCAAUGGAUUUUUAUGUACAUGUAAAAGUGGAUUUACUGGAAAUGGUGUCACAUGUAGUGAUAUCAACGAGUGCGCUACGAACACACAUAACUGCUCAUCUAAUGCGAAUUGCUUCAAUAAUGUUGGUUCUUUCACAUGUACCUGUAAGACUGGUUACUCUGGCGAUGGAAGAGCAUGUAACGAUAUAAACGAAUGCACUAACAGUAACGCAAAUACUUGUUCUCUGAAUGCUGAUUGUACAAACACGCAAGGAAGCUAUAUAUGUGCUUGUAAGGACGACUUUACAGGCGAUGGAAGAACUUGCGCAGCCGCAAAUCCAUGUGCAAGUAACAACUGCAACGCGAAUGCUGACUGUACUAAUGUUGCCAACACAUUCUCGUGUACAUGUAAAGCAGGCUACUCAGGAAAUGGAGUUAUCUGCAAUGACAUUAACGAAUGCCUUCUGACUAAUGACUGCCAUGCCAAUGCUGAUUGUACGAACACUGUGGGUAGUUAUUUAUGUACUUGCAAGGCAGGCUAUUCAGGCGAUGGAAAAUCGUGUGCUGAUAUCAAUGAAUGCACUACGGGUAUGCAUAAUUGUAAUACUAAUGCAUUUUGCACAAACUCGCUUGGCAGUUUUUCUUGCACGUGUAAUCCAGGCUUUACUGGCGAUGGGCGAACCUGUACUGCUAGUUCGCUGAAUUGUCGCUUUACUGGUGAUCGUCUUCCAGAUGCAAACGAUCCAACUAAAUAUCAGGAAUGUCAAAGUGAUGGAACCCGUGUUAGCAAAUCCUGUCCUAAUUCCCAAUUAAUAACUUUUACUGGUACACAAUUUCUCCAGGCCUCAAAUGGUAUAUUUUAUUCACCAUAUUUCCGAACAUGUGUGAACACUACUACAGGCCGGCCGCAUAGUGCAAUUCUUGACAUCAAAGAUUCAUGCGCCGAGAUUGCCAACAAUCAAGUAACUGGUGAAGGCAUUAACUUACCUAUACCGACAGUCCCAGGCUGUCAUCAAUGGUUGACCUGUUCCAACCAAGUGUUGAUGAAUCGAGAGAAUAAUCCGCCCGUCGCUGGUCAAUGUGAUGGAUCACUAUUAUUUGACGGUGACAGACAUUUCUGCGAUGGUGCUACAUCACUCACUUGUUUGUUCCCUUAAAGUACUUUUUUACCCUCUACCUGAUUUGCAUGCCAAUUCUCAACUGUGAGCACAGAAAUCUGAUCUUUCUCAUAUUGUUUAAGACUUUUUUUUAUUUUGGGGAAGGUUUUACUUUGUUAAUUUUUACAUUAUCAAGUUUUCUAUUCGUUAUACAUAAAUAGUUCUAUUUUUCUUAAUUUUUAUACACUACUACAUUAUUUCGUUAUUUUUGUUGUUGUAAUUUGGAAAUACAUAUUUUUACUCUGUGUUGA